AUGCCAGCAUUUGCAGAUAUCCCACCGCUGCCUGAAAUGCCCAAACUGUCGGAGUUUGCUAAGAUGCCGGACAUGCCUACUAUCGCAGACAUGCCUAGAAUCGCGGACAUGCCGAAACUAGCAGACAUGCCCAGAAUCACGGAUAUGCCAAGGAUUGCGGACAUGCCCAAACUAGCCGACAUGCCUAGAAUCACAGACAUGCCAAAACUCGCAGACAUGCCCACGAUUGCGGACAUGCCAAAACUAGCCGACAUGCCUAGAAUAGUCGACAUGCCGAGAUUUACCGACAUGCCUACGAUCGCCGACAUGCCCAAGAUAUCUGAUAUGCCAAAGUUCCCCAAUAGCGACUUCAUGGCAAAGAUGCCACACUCCGGCGAGAUGGAUUCUGUCUUUUCCGGGCUCAAAGACCUGAUUCCCGACAUGAGCUCUUUCAGUCUCGACGAUCUACCAAAGGUCGGGACGAUGUUCCAGGCUUUCCCGGUCGCGGAUAUCCCGACUUCUAUGUCUCAGGCAAGCGAGUUCUUAUCUCCGCUCGCCGACCUCAUCAAACCGGGAGCUGCUUCCCUGACAAGUCUGAUUGUCGGAUGUUGCGAUCAUCCAGUACUGCGUUUCAACUGCGAACUGGAACUUUUCCCGCUAAUGGAUUGCUUCCUUGCACCACCUCAGCCAUGA